AUGAAGAGACUAGUAACGUGUCAGCGUGCUCUGGCUCUGGCUUCACGACCAAAGCUCCCACAUACCAGAUGCAUGUCUGCUCUACCAAAUCUUGCACCACAACAGGCCACUGAUAAUGCAAGUACCUUUUCUUAUCCGCCCUCUCUCCCUCAACCUCCUGCUUUCACCAACAUUUUAACACGCUUUUCACAAUUGCAGGCUCCAACACACUUGGAUUGUGCUACACAUCCAUCUACAAUGGCCAAAAUAGCCCAUGAUAACAAGUAUCUCCUUCAAAUGUACGGCAGGCCAAAUCUCAUCUUCUCUCACGGAAAGGGCUGUUAUCUAUAUGACAUGGCAGGACGACAAUAUCUCGAUCUCAACUCGGGAAUAGCCGUAAAUGCUCUAGGCCAUGGAGACGAACGAUUAGCUAAAAUAAUUGCCGACCAAGCUACCAAACUCAUCCACUUGAGCAAUCUAUACCACAACGAAUACGCUGGACAGCUCGCUGAACUCCUCGUUCAAGCUCUGGGUAAUAGAGGCAAAUGGGCUAACACAUCUGAAUAUGGCGGAAGCAAGGUGUUCCUCUGCAACUCGGGAACUGAAGCUAAUGAAGGUGCAAUCAAAUUCGCCAGGAAAUGGGGCAAGCAGCCACAUCAAAAGGUCAAGGAAGGCAAACAUAUGGUCAUCUCCUUCUCCCACGCCUUCCAUGGUCGCUCAUUGGGCGCAUUAUCUGCCACUCCUAAUCCCAAAUACCAGAAUCCGUUUACUCCACUCAUGCCUGGAUUCGUAAACUCUCCAUUUAAUGACACUGCAAAGGCCAUUGAAAUUAUAGACGACAAGACUUGUGGUGUGAUUGUGGAACCGCUACAGGGUGAAGGUGGUAUCUUCCUUGGUACCGAUUCUUUCUUAUCUGCAAUUAGGAAACGAUGUGAUGAAGUGGGUGCAUUGCUCAUCAUGGACGAGGUACAGUGCGGUAUAGGCAGAACCGGCAAAUUCUUUGCACACGAACACUCUGGUGUCACUCCCGAUAUAUUAACACUGGCCAAACCCUUGGCUAAUGGUCUGCCAGCUGGUGCUAUAAUCGUCGCUCCACAUGUAGCGGCUAUGCUCAAACCUGGUGAUCAUGGAACGACUUUCGGUGGUAGUCCAUUCGCUACUCGAGUCGCAAUAGACGUAAUAUCUCGUAUCAAUAAUCCGUCCUUCUUGCAACGAGUUGCAGAGACUGGUAAAUACAUGAUGAAUCAAUUACAGGCUCUAGCAGAUGGAACUCCUCUCAUUACGGAAGUUAGAGGAAGAGGGCUGAUGAUUGGUCUUCAGCUAGGAGAGAAGGUAGACUCGAACGCCUUUGUAGAUCUGGCUAGAGAACGUGGCUUGUUAUUGAUUACAGCCGGUAACAAUACCAUUCGUCUCGUUCCACCACUCAUAAUCUCCCGAAACGAAAUCGACCAUGCGGUAACUGUGCUCUCAUCAGUAGUUAAGAUCAUGGAAGAUAAACAGUAG